AUUGCAAAACUCGCUUCGCCUUUUUUUUUAUUUUCCCUUUAUCUUUUCUGAAAAAAAAUAUUGUUCUUCGUUUGAGAUCCUAGGUUUUUCGAUCGAGACGAUGUCAGGAGCGGGGACCGAGGAGGAUAAGAAGCCGGCCGAUCAGGGCGCGCACAUCAAUCUCAAGGUUAAGGGUCAGGAUGGAAAUGAGGUCUUUUUCCGCAUCAAGCGCAGCACACAGCUGCGUAAGCUCAUGAAUGCUUACUGUGACAGGCAGUCCGUUGAUUUCAACUCCAUUGCCUUCCUUUUCGAUGGUCGCAGGCUGCGAGGAGAGCAGACCCCAGAUGAGCUCGAGAUGGAGGAAGGGGAUGAGAUUGACGCUAUGCUGCAUCAAACCGGUGGCAGUCUGGGAUAAUAAGAUCAUUAGUGGGCAUGAGAGUAAACAUAGUUUGGCGUCUUUCCUUCAGUUUAUCCUAUGAGAUAUUAUCCUAUGAGAUAUUAUCUGUGGUCUAUGUGUACUGUUACUAUAUCCUUCAGGAGGUUAAAGUUUGUGGUGGUACUUCAUUAUAUAACUCAUGUAUGUGCAUUUUAAGACUUUAUGUUGGUUUGUGUAUAUCGUUAAACUUGUGUGGUCCUAUUUGCUUGUGCGUAGGUUUUCAUGCGU